AACAUAUUUCUUUUCAACUAAGCUCUUGCCCGAAACGACACCACAUCACACCACAAUCCUUAUGGCUUGUCUAGAAGCUCCUCCUCCCACCACCACAAACGACAAUAGUCACUUCCCUUUCUUCGACCAUACGACACCAAUCAACAUGGAGCUCAGAGACUUCAAACCAAAACCAAAACCAAAAUCAAAACCCCACACCAAAAUAAACCCAUCUCUCGGUGAGCUUCUAAAACGAGUUGAAGAGUCUCAAACCAACACCCCAAAUCAUCAGAUUCUCGACCUUAGUUCGGUACCUCAGUCCUAUCCUUUCGUCCUUUCCUUUCAUAAUCUCACAUACAGUGUCAAAGUCCGCCGAAAAUUGGCUCUCCCCUUCACAAAAUCAUCUGCCGAAAACGACUCCUCCUCCGAUAUUGGUGGUGAUAUAGAAACCUCCUUAUGUAAAAAUAACAACAACACUAAGAUUUUGUUGAAUGGCAUAUCCGGUGAAGCUAGAGAAGGCGAGAUCAUGGGCGUUCUUGGCGCAAGUGGGUCAGGGAAAUCAACACUAAUAGAUGCAUUAGCUGAUAGAAUCUCAAAAGAGAGCUUAAAAGGGUUAGUGAGUUUAAACGGAGAGGUUUUGGAGUCAAGAUUAUUGAAGGUGAUUUCGGCUUACGUUAUGCAAGAUGACCUCUUGUUCCCAAUGCUAACAGUUGAAGAAACUCUCAUGUUCUCCGCCGAUUUCAGGCUCCCUCGCUCACUCUCCAAGUCCAAAAAACGAGCCAGAGUUCAAGCUCUGAUCGACCAAUUAGGCCUGCGAAAUGCUGCCAAGACUGUUAUUGGUGAUGAAGGCCAUAGAGGUGUGUCUGGUGGAGAAAGGAGACGAGUUUCAAUUGGUAUAGACAUAAUCCACGAUCCCAUUGUCUUGUUCCUUGAUGAACCCACCUCGGGUUUGGACUCAACAAGCGCCUUCAUGGUGGUGAAAGUGUUGAAAAGGAUAGCACAAAGUGGUAGCAUCGUUGUCAUGUCGAUACACCAACCUAGUUACAGAAUUCUCAGCUUGUUAGACCGUUUGAUCUUCCUUUCCCACGGCCAAACCGUCUACAGUGGCUCCCCUGCUAACCUUCCUCUGUUCUUCUCCGAAUUCGGUCACCCAAUACCCGAAAACGAGAACAGAACAGAGUUCGCUCUAGACUUAAUCCGAGAGCUUGAAGAAACCCCAGGUGGAACGAAGAGUUUAGUCGAGUUCAACAACUCAUGGCAAGCCAAAACCAACGACGAAAACAAUCCCAACAGAACAACAAAUAGACCAAAGCUUUCCCUCAAAGACGCCAUUAACGCGAGCAUCUCAAGAGGAAAGCUAGUCUCGGGAGCCCCAAAAGAUCCCAACAACACAACAACAACAGGUUCAUUCCCCACUUUCGCCAACCCUUUCUGGAUGGAAAUGGUAGUCAUAUCAAACCGUUCUGUUACAAAUUCAAGAAGAAUGCCAGAGCUUUUCGGGAUAAGACUCGGAGCCGUUUUAGUCACCGGUAUUAUACUCGCAACCAUGUUUUGGAACCUUGACAGCUCACCUAAAGGAGUCCAAGAACGACUAGGCUUCUUCGCCUUUGCCAUGUCCACAACCUUCUACACCUGCGCAGAAGCCAUCCCUGUUUUCCUCCAAGAACGUUACAUCUUCAUGAGAGAAACGGCUUACAAUGCCUACCGCCGAUCCUCCUACGUGUUAGCUCACUCACUAAUCUCAAUCCCAUCACUUGUGUUUCUCUCCUUAACCUUUGCAGCCACCACUUUCUGGGCAGUUGGACUCGCAGGAGGACUCUCGGGCUUCUUCUUCUUCUUCUUCACAAUCUUCGCCGCUUUCUGGGCCGGAAGCUCAUUCGUAACAUUCUUGUCCGGAGUAGUAACCCAUGUCAUGUUGGGAUACACCGUUGUGGUGGCCAUUUUAGCUUACUUUCUUCUCUUCAGUGGAUUCUUCAUUAGUCGUGAUCGAAUCCCACCUUAUUGGCUAUGGUUCCACUAUAUCUCGCUCGUUAAGUACCCCUAUGAAGCAGUUUUACAGAACGAGUUUGAUGAUCCAAUUAAGUGUUUUGUGAAAGGAAUUCAGAUUUUUGAUCAGUCUCCACUCGGUGCAGUGCCGGCGUCGACGAAAGGGGAGCUUUUGAAGACCAUGAGUAAGACUCUGGGAAUGAAUAUUACUGGCUCCACUUGCGUGACCACCGGAACGGAUAUACUCAAGCAGCAGGGGAUCACUGAUAUUAGUAAAUGGAACUGCUUGUGGAUCACAAUUGCUUGGGGUUUUUUCUUUAGAAUCCUUUUCUACUUUACUUUGUUGUUAGGGAGCAAGAACAAGAGGUCGUAAUUAGUUUCUAGUGUACAAAAAUUAUUUAUAGUUUCAUUUUCAUUUUAAAAGAAAUUUAUGUGGGAAAUGUAAGUUUAAUUUGAAGUAACUUUUUCUUUUCUUCCUUUGUAUUUGUUUAGCAUGCGUAAUUGAUUUGCAUGUGCUGUCUUUGAACUUUGAAAUACAAUUAACUUUGUCUUUGAA